AUGCCGAGCACAUCACGUCGAACAAAGCGACCCCAAAAACGAACCCAAGUGACAGACGAUAAUGGCUGGACCCAUGUGACAAGCGGCGGCAACGUGCGGCGCGUAAUGCGAAGCAGGCCAGACAGCACAAAUGGAGCAUUCACCGACCCAUCCUUUGAGCCUGUGCUAGCUCCUGCAGAGGCACCAAGUCGACUGACAAUCACCGAGCUGCAGACGCAAUAUCGAGAGCAUAGUGAGAAGUGGGAAGGGUCGGAGACUUGGGUCAAAUUGGCGGGGGUGUUGGAGAAGAAAUUGAGAGAAAAAGGGAGUGAACAAGCCUCUUCCUCGCCUGGUUCAACUUCUUCUCGGUCUGAGCCGGCCUAUGGCCCUGUGGACGCCAUUGUAUGCAUUGGCCUCGGGAGUCCGAGUGGGUUCCUGCGUGAUGGCUGGACUGAUAGGCGGAGUGUGUCUAUGUACCAGCUUGCUGCCUUGGUAAGCAUCAAGGACAUGGUUACAGCCCAAACGGAAGAAACCUCCCACUCCCAGAUCCAUCCUAUCAAAGUCUACGCCCAAGACCCCGUCUUCAACCACCUGGAUAAGACUCUCCUCGCAGAUCUCAACAUUGAAGUUCUCACCCACCCUCAAGCCUUCACACACAUAACACAUAACACACUUCUCUUCUGUCCAGGCGCAGAGAAGAAACACCUCGAACUCCUCCUACCUUCCAAGCCGUGGCUGGUCUUUGGUGGCCCGCUUGAGCAUGCGACUGCGGAUGCUGGUGGGGCUCUGCAGACUUUCGUUGAUGUCACUGGUUCAUAUUGUCUGCCUGAAUUUGGACCCUUGGAGCAUGCUUUUUGGAACAUGAGGCUAUAUUGGCUCGAAGACGAGACGGUGGAGGAGCAAAAGGAGUGA